CGCUGCCGGGUCAAAGGCUGCCCCCUGACAACAAGGGGACACUGAAGAUGCCUGAUCAGCGCCGCGCCGCCACACCCGCCGGAAGCAGCUGCAGGAGAAAGCUCUCGCCCAGCCCCCUGUGCCUUUCAGCCAGGGAGGGCAGGGCACAGACCGAGGCCACAGCCAUCCAUAAAAGCCUCCACGGAAGACUUCUGCCCACUCCCCGUGGAGCGUCACUGUCGCCACUUGGCACCUCCCUGCCGCUAGCCAGCUCCUCUGCUCAGCACUCACCGUGCUCCGGGCACAGAUUAACCACGGCUCCCCGCUCUCCAGUGACAGCCCCACGCCAGGACUCCCUCCACGCUCCCUCGCUCACCCUUCAGCCUGCUGCAGUGACCCCAUGGCCACUUCUGGAAAAGUUAUCAGGUGCAGAGCUGCUGUUGCCUGGGCCGUGGGCAAACCACUCUCUCUCGAGGAGGUGGAGGUUGCACCUCCAAAGGCGGGUGAAGUCCGUAUCAAGAUUGUGGCCACGGCCAUCUGUCGUACAGACGAUCACCUUUUGGAAGGCUGCUUUCCUAACGCGGAUUUCCCAGUUAUCCCAGGCCACGAAGGAGCUGGGAUAGUGGAAAGUGUUGGAGAAGGAGUGACCUCUAUGAAACCAGGUGACAAAGUCAUCCCCCUUCCCUUGCCUCACUGCGGAGAAUGCAGCUUCUGCCUGAAUCCUGAAUCCAACUACUGCCUGAAGUACCAUGUCUCCGAGUCACAAAACUUGCUGCCUGACAAGACCAGCCGGUUCACUUGCAAAGGGAAACAGAUCCACCACUUCCUGUGGAUCAGCACCUUUGCAGAAUACACUGUGAUCCCGGAGUACGCCGCUGUCAAGAUAGAUGCUGCUGCACCUCUGGACAAAGUCUGCUUGUUUGGCUGUGGGUUUUCCACAGGCUACGGGGCUCCCAUCAACACUGCCAAGGUCAAACCAGGCUCCACCUGUGCUGUCUUCGGCGUCGGAGCAGUUGGCCUCUCUGUUGUCAUGGGCUGCAAGGCGGCUGGAGCUUCCCGCAUCAUCGCCAUUGAUAUCAACAAGGACAAGUUUGCCAAGGCCAAGGAGCUGGGAGCCACCGACUGCAUCAGUCCUCGAGACUUCAAGAAGCCCAUCCAGGAGGUGGUCACCGAGAUGACCGGUCAUGGCGUGGACUACUCCUUUGAGGCCAUCGGGGAUGUGGAUAGCAUGACUGCUGCCCUGGCUGCCUGCAAUAUGAACACGGGUGUCUGCGUGAUGAUUGGGGUAGCAGCUUCUGGUGCAGUGAUGUCCGUUGAUCCUAUGCUUCUGCUGUCUGGGCGUACGUGGAAGGGGACCCUGCUCGGAGGUUGGAAGAUGAGAGAAUCUAUCCCCAAAUUAGUUUCCAGCUAUUUGGAGAAGAAAUUCAACUCAGACUUGCUGAUCACGCACACGCUGCCGAUCGCUGAAGUGAAUGAGGGAUUGGAGUUGUUACGUCAAGGAAAAAGCAUUCGCAGCGUCCUGCUCUUUUGAAGGACACAGCCACGGGAGGCCGAGCGCAGGGACCAGCGCAGCAGACACUCUCCUGGCAGGGGCCCUUCUCGCCCAGCACCUCACUCUGGGAGGCACAGGGAGAUGAGAACAAGGAACUCGCCGACGCCGGUGCUGCUGCCAGUGGUCCUGCACCCGGCCGAGACCCAAAAGAACAUCUCUUCCCAAAAGUUGCUUUUACCAAUAAAGGGUUUCCCUCAAA